UGCAAUGAGUUCGGGAAAAGUUGUGUUAAUUUUGUGUUUCGUCGAGUGAUUGUGAUAGUGGUUUGUGACGCGAUCACAUGCAAAUAUCUCUUGAACAUAAUAUCUGACAAAGUUUCGCUUUAUAUCUUCAACAUGUUUGAACACGGCAGAAUUCUCUCGCCUGUUCAGUUGAAAAGGCUCAGUGAACACAAGUAUUCAUACGAGAGUAAAAGUUUAUUAGAUUCAUUUCUUCAACCUUGGUGGAAUUUUUUAGUCAAUAGAGUUCCUUUAUGGCUAGCACCUAACUUGAUAACUUUAACUGGUUUAAUUAUCAAUAUUUUAACGUCUUUAAUUCUAAUUUGGCACAGCCCCGAUGCCAAAUCAGAUGUACCUAGGUGGGCUUGCUUUGUGUGCGCUCUAGGUCUUUUUAUUUAUCAGAGUCUUGAUGCAAUAGAUGGUAAGCAAGCCCGACGAACAAGCUCAUCCAAUCCACUGGGUGAAUUAUUUGAUCAUGGCUGCGAUUCUAUCUCAACUGUUUUUGUGGCAGUAUCCGCCUGUAUCUCCGUCAAGAUGGGAAAUUCGCCCGGGUGGAUGUUUUUUCAAUGUUUCUGUGCUUGCACCCUAUUUUACUGCGCUCAUUGGCAAACAUACGUAUCAGGUACAAUGAGAUUUGGGCGUGUUGAUGUUACAGAGGCGCAAUUCACCAUAAUUUUAAUUCACUUGAUAUCUACUGUUUUCGGUCCAGAUAUCUGGCUGUCUAAGAUACCAAGUUUGAGUUUAAUCGAUAUCCGAUUUGUGAUAGUUAUAUUUACCGUCUUAGGCUGUUCCCUAGCUUUAUAUACCAUGUUCCAAAUUAUCCUAUCGGGUGGAACAGGAAAAAAUGGCUCAACCGUUGCUCUGCCUUUGAUCGGUGUUGAGCUGAAAUCUGUCCCUGUCGGUGUAUCAUUGAUUGUUUCCGCUUAUCUAGCUCAUGCCAGCUUAACGCUCAUUUUCUCAGGUGGUGUGGGAAAGAAUGGAUCGUCCGUAGCUGGAACAAGUGUGCUGUCACCCAUAAUACCAUACAGCUUCGUCCUCAUCCCAGCUCUUAUAAUUUAUAGAAAGAGUCCAGAACAUGUUUAUGAAACAAAUCCAGUUCUGUACAUUUUGGCAUUUGGUUUAGUGACAGCAAAAGUCACAAAUAGAUUAGUAGUUGCACAUAUGACUAAAAAUGAAUUGGAUUAUGUAGAUUCUUCAAUGUAUGGACCUCUUAUGCUGUUCUUGAAUCAAUAUUUCAAUUGUUUUAUCAGUGAAUACACUGUUUUAUGGUUAUGCCUGAUCUGGGCAACUUUAGAUCUUUUCCUGUACUGUAAACGAAUUUGUAUGGAGAUAUGCGAGCACCUAAGGAUAAGAUUGUUUCGAAUAGAUGAUGUGUCUGCUGCAGGUGACGGUCUUUCGAAGAAUGGAUCAAAUAGCAAUCCCUCUCGAACAACAAAAAGUAAACGACAAGCAGCGCAUCAUUGACCUAAUAAGUGGUGGUGUUGGAUUUAACAUUAGUGGGAGAAUGUAUAAUUUUGGAUUUCGUUUGUAACUAGAACAAAGAAGAAACAAUUCUCCAAAAUGUGAUAUCCUGUAGCAGGACUCGAUUUUCGUAGCAUCUCACAUGUUAAAGAGUGCUGGGAUCUCAGUGCAAAGAAUUUAAAAAUGCAUGAUAAACCUCUGUCCCUUUGUUAUAGUAAUAUUGAAAUUUGUCUCCAUCGAUUUACUGAGAAUUCUCUGUUAUCUCAUGGCAAAGGUGUUGUAGCUUAUGGCAAAGGGAAAGUCUCCCAAUGUGGUUACGUUAUUGAAUUGCAACAUAACAGCUAAGUUCCGGAAAUUGUAAAUGAAAACUUCAUAAUAUGUUUCAUAAACCUAUCCAAUUAACUUUGGGAGAACUUGGGUCUGCUUACUUUGGGUAUGAAUUUAAUAUUAAGUCCUUGAUGUAUGAUUUAUAUCAAUUUAUGAUUGCGUGUAUGUACUUAAUUUUCUCUGGAAGCAAUUUCAGUUCCAUCCAUACAAAUAAGAGUUUUUCCUAAUGCAAUGUUGUUCAACCUGAUGUAAGAGAGAAUUCUUAUCAACUGUAGGAAGCCUCACCUCAGUAAAGCUGUCAAAAUCAAGUGUAAAUUAUGCUCAUUAACAUGAACUCACACGUCUGCUUGUCACAUUCAAAACAGGGAUUUAUCUUGUUAACAAGCCACAAGCCUUUGUGUCAUUAAUGCUGCGUUUUCUCUACACCUCUACAGAAACUUUGGUUUCAGAUCUGGAGCAGUUACAAUACUACCCCAAUAUCCCUAGGAAAGAACUGCGUUAUGAACCCAGUAUGACACUGAAUUAUUCUCUUCAUGUGUUGAUCUAAUGAAAGAUUUUCUAAUGUUUUACUAUAUGGCCACUGAUUGUGAACUGAUUUUUGACUCCUCUGUGAGCACUGAAUAAUUGUCAUUGAAGAAUAUCUUUUUUCUUUUUGCAGUAAUGUUCCCAUCUUGCUGAAGAAUUAGGGAAUACAUGACUGUCUGUAUUUUAGAGUCCUUGUUCAAGGCUGAUAUGGCCAAAGUGCAAAACCACGUAUCUAUAUUGUGGUGUUUCAAAAUUUCUGCUCCUAUUUUAUUUUUUUUGGAAGAGAAACAAGCCAACUUAAUGGCUUGAAAUGUAUACAGAAUAUUCUGCUAAUAGAAAAGAGUUAUCAAUGCAGUUUUCAAGAAAUUAUGGUGACAAGUUUUCCAAAGAAAAAAUGAAAUAUGUCAGGAAGCCUGCAAUGUUGCGAACAGAGGUAUGUAGUUUCGCAUUUUGGCCAUUGGUAUCAGUCCUACUAUUUUUCUAUUCGUUAAAAUUUCUGAUUCUGAUCGCUGAGAAUGAUGAUCUGAUACUUCGAAUUGGAAAGAAAUUUAUGGGCAUCCAGGAAUGUUUUGUAUGAGUGCAUAUUCCUUUUUCUUUGAUGUUUUUCACCAAAACCGUCCCGUUUAUUUCAGUAUGUUAUGGCAUAAAGCUCUACCCUUACUUCCUAUUCAAGACCUUGCUUCCAAAUUUUUUUUUUUUUUUUUUUUUUGGGGGGGGGGAGAAAGAGAGGGAUCAGUUACUAUGAUGAGUUGGGCUAAAGAACUUUGUCCCAGAAUGCUGAGAGAGAAAUGAAACAAAGUAAAUGAAUGAUUAAGACACAAGACACUAACGAGCCCCUGCCUAGUCUGCCAGUUACAGCAUCUAAUUUUUUGAAGUCAGACUCAGUCACUGGUGUAUUUUGAGUAUUAAAACAAAUAAUUGUGCAAAAAUUUACCACAGAAAAAAAAUUUAAAUGAAGCCCUGUCUCCCUCUCUCUGUCCAAUAUUUAUUUAAAUUUUACCAAAGCAAAAAUUAGACAUCACGAGGUAAACGAGAUGUGUCAACCCAAGGCGUUGAAAGAAAACGACUUACAGUGCUUUCAGAAAGAAGCCUUUUUUUCCAAACUCUAUUUGUAGGUAUGUAGAUUCUUUCUGCUCAGUGACAACCUAUCCAAUUUCCAAUUUUUUCUUAAACAAUUUCAAAACUUAUGAAACUAUUUAAAAAAAAACCCUGAUGAAGAAAUUCUAAAUUUUAAGGCUAUUUUGACGCAUGUAUGGACAAUGAGUCGAUCUAUGAUGGAGUUCUUUUGUAUACAGAGAUAUUUCGUGGGAUUGUGUCCCUUUACUUUAACUCUGACGGAAAUUUUUUUUUGUAAUCUGUAUGAGCCGCAUUUUGUUGUGAAUCAGCCAGUAAAUUUUAGUUUUCUCAUGCUCUAGAAGUCUCGGUUGAUUUCAAUUUUAUCUCAUUGUAAUUGAUUUCAGCUGUUCCAAACUAAUGUAAGAUUUCCGGUUUUGUUGUAAGCAGCUCAUAAAUUUCAUAAGCAACAAAACAAUCAGACUCGGUAACAGUGUCGAUGACUGCCUGGGUAAGGUCAGUCCAAGUGCUCCAUCAAAUCCUAACAGGUUUUUUUUUUUUUUAAGAGGGAGGAAUGUCGAAGCUCAGACUGUUUCAAUCAUUGUCAGUCAUUAAAUCCUUAAGGAAAAGGAGCCUCCAUCACUGUUUUCAUUAAAAUUCUUGAGGCGUUUUUCUUUCUUUUUUUUUCUUCCCCUACACAAUUAACCAUGACAAGGUGAUACCUUAAGUUAUCAUAUUGUCAGACACUUGGUCGGAGAUAGUUAAUUUUGAAAGCUGAAAGCAAGGUACAAGAACGAAAAGCAUAUUUAAGUCAUGAAUUUUGAGUUUAAAAUUGAAAUUUUGUAGAUUUAAAUCAUAUUUUUUCUUUUGGCACACCUUAGAUGUUGAGAAAAUCUUCUCUCUAUAUUUUUCUGUUCCCACACAUAUUGAUGGUGAAACUGUAGAAACGUGAAUUUUGGUUUGUGGCGUUGCAGUAUUCCUGCCAUACUUUAUUUUCCAAGCAGAAAACUACUCAACGUCAUUUCUUGAAAACUUCUCUAUGUAAAGAAUAUUCUAAAAAAACUUCGAGCCAUUAUGUUGGUUUGGUCUCAUUUUAAAAAAUAAAAUAGGAGAGAUUUUGAAACACCUCAAUCAAGACACACAUUCUUGCAGUUUCAUUGUCGAUGUGUCCUCUCUUUCCAUGCAAAGCUUCAUCUUCAAUGAAGAAAGAUGAUUGAUUCCGAAAAGUGUUUCAUCAUACUUUGUCACCUUUUUUCUCCAAAAAUCAACAAGUCUGAGCUUUAAUUUAUAUUCUAGGGCUUAAGUCAACCAAGAAGUUUGUUUAUUCCAGUAAUUAUCUUGUGUACCUGAAUUCAUGUAUUCUCUCAAAAGUUAACACACGAACUUUUGAAAUGAAAUUGGUUUUGUAGUCCACAUAAGCGAGCCCCCACUGACUCUUUGACAAUAUUUACAGUUCAGGUUGUAGUCUUAAGUUUUUAUGCGGGGUUUGCCAAUUAAAAGUAAAUGUGACAUUGUUCUUUCUGUACCUAUUUCUAUGUUAUAAUUCAAGUACUUUAUGUUAUUUAGAUGAUUUUUCUAUCAUCAUUGUUUUUGGUUGCUGAUCCAACGAUUUGCAACGAUACCUUUACAGACAUGCAGGCUGCAUUUAUGAUCAUGAAUUCACCAGCUUUAAGACCACUAAUCUCAAUCAUAAUAUUUCAAAAUUUCCGCAUUUAUAUUAUUUUUAUUACAAGAAAAUGAAUCAAUACUGAAUUGGACAGCAUGUAAACCAGAAUCAUCCUAAAUGCAUUACAUAUCAUGCGAUUCCUUCUCAUCUUGUCUCACUUCCUCUUCUUCUUCUUAUUCUUCUUCUUUCCUUGUAAUCAGAAAUCUGAGAAACACAGUACUUUGGAUUUUUAAAGGUACAUAUAUUCAUUAUUACCUACUCAAUGAAAAUUUGUAGAAACUCUGAAGAUAUUAUGUUGUUUCAUAUUUCAUGAGGAAAGUGAAACACACGAGAAAAUCAGGCAAUUUGACAUGCAGUUUGGCUAAUUUUUGUUCAUACCGCUAAUUUUGAAACUUUACUUUUUUUAUUUUUUUAUUAAUGAAAAAACAUUUUUCUCUGAGCCCAAAUACAAGAAAAUACGAUAAUGCUGAUCAAAAAACAAGAAGAGCAGAAGCAAAUUCUUUAUAACCACAGAAAGUAGACUAAAAAUGAACGAUUGACAAGAAUGUAUCAGUUAAGAAAUUUAAAAAUGUCAAAUUAUGUCAUCCUUAAUUUUUGUAAUGGCAUAUGGCGUAAAACUACGAGCUGCGAAAUGUAAAGUCAUAGAAUGACCCUUUUGCUUUCAAAAAUUUUGCAGAAUUUCUGUCAUUAUAAAGUAUGGGUUUAUGGAAUCAUCGAUGCUGCGAUAUAUUAAAGCUAUGUCAUUGAAAUAUUCUUCUAGUGGUGAAAAUCCCUACCCUCUUUUGUUUAUUUAGUUGAAUAUUACGAAAAAAUGCUUUUUAUUUGCCCUUUUGCAUUAUUUUGAUGCAGAACUACAACAACAUUGGAAGAAUUGUGGCGAUUGACUUGUGCUCGCCUUUUUGUAAAAGGGGACACUUCCCGUGUGUGAGGGGAAUUUUCUGUAAGAUUCCGAACCAAUUUUUAUAUUUUGUAGAUUAUCAAUCCCUUUCUUAAUACUCAGCUCAUCAUCUUGGAUCAAGAGGUCUCAAUGUUUUCAAGGUUUGGUGAAUAGGCACUUAAUGACGAUGUGGUCCAAUGAUUGCCAGUUCAAUCUCACGAACACCUCUGUUUUUUCCUCUCAGUAUCAAGCAGCCCUUAAUGCACAUUGUUGCUCCUUUUUUCAUUUCAGUUUUCAUUUGAAGACUCCUUCUCACAAGUUAUUACCAUGCUCAUGACAUAUUCAUUAACUUUCUAUGGAUCUGAUUAACAAACUAUUUCAACUAAAACUCAGAAAUUGUUUUAAACAAAGCAGUCUAGAACUUAUGAAAACUGCAGUUGAAAAUCAUUGUUCUGGAAUUUUUCCUAGCGUAUCAUAUGCGCAAGUUUUUUCUGUUCCGGAUAAACAUCCAAGUAUGAUUUAUCCACAAGUGCCUUCAGCACGCAGAUUGUUCAAAUUUAGUCUAUCUUUAUUGAACCUCUUUUUUCACUUUCCAGGGAAUAAAUUCUAAACCCAUUCUUCCCAGGGUCCGGUUCUGAUUUCAAUCAAUUCUAUCAUUUUUCUUCUUUUCUUUUUGUUAAUAGACUUUUUUUUAUCCCUAGUCACUCUGACUUGUUUAGAAUACAACAAGAUGGGUUGUGUUGGCACAAAAAAUUGAGUUCUCUCUGCUGUCUCUCUUGAACUGGAAAAUUUACGAUUGUAUGAGAUACAUUCUCCCCUUUUCCCCUCCUAAUACCUUUGUAGUUUCAGUUCAAAGCACUCGUACGUCUAAUUCUUCUUUCGUUGUUCACGUUUUUAACUAUGGAGUUAUGAUUGUUAAUUUAUUUUAUCUUUAUUGUGUUGUUUUUAUCUAUUUGUUAUUUUUUCUCCUUUUUUAUACUCUGUGAUGUAAUCAUCACAUUUGGACUGUAUUCAUCGGAGAGUAACCAAUUGCGUUUGGCUAUUGUAAAUCGCCCUGUAAUGUACUGUACUGUAUUUUUUUUAUCUUUUUAUUUAUUCAUUUUUAGGGAAACAAACAAAAAUUACCGACUCAUACUGGCAAUGAUUUUUUAAGUUUUUCCUUUUUAAAGUAAGCAUGAAAUUAUUAUUGUUACAAAUAAAAAAAAGAAAAUUGUGGUACUAAUCACCCAUGCUUGCAAGCACUCAAUAUUGGAUAAGGGUGGUUCGAGGACAUCAGUUGAUUUUACAAUUUGUAGAUGACGCUGUAUCAACUGAUGGCUACUUGAUAGCAUAUCAUCCCUGAACUGCUGGGAAAACUGAGAAUCUAAUGAAAAAGUUAUUAAUUUUUUUCUCUUAAUUAUUGAUGCAUCUAGCUGCAAUAUAGUUUAUCAACUAUAAAGUAUCAUCUCUUGGUUUUUCCAGUCAAAAUUACGGUAAAAAUUAAUACUCUUCAUUUCUCUCUUAAUGUUUUGUCCAUGUACAUUUCAGUUAGCACUGUGAGAUGGGUUCCUGAUGUAAAAGCAUAAAUACAAGGGAGAUAGUUGACCUCACAAGUUGGUUCUUUUUUAAUGAAUGCAAUCCGUUCUCUCUUGUUUAUCUUCUCUGUCAAGGUGCAGUUGCAUAAAAUUCUAAAAGUUCUGCUUUCACUGAACAGUACCCUAUCUUGGUGAGAAAAUAUCCCCCUUCAAAAACAAUAAGCAAGAUCACUGUAAUCACAAAUUUUAUCAUGCGUGACCAUUCACGGGGAGAAAGAUCUUCAUGCCGAAAAACCUGAAAUGAGAUCGGUUGAAUCAUCGCAUUAGUGAGAUAAAUAUGAUUAUUUUGCUGUCGAAAAAAGUUUCAAAAUACCAAACUAAAUGGGAAUCGUGAUGAUUGAAGGUUUGCAGUCCAUCGCAAGAAGAUUUGAGGAUAAGCUUUUCAAAAUGUGAAGUUAGAAUUGAAAAAAAGCCAGAAGAGUUAGGGAUUAUUGAAAAUUGGAAACAUCGUGAAAUUCCUAUUGUUAUCAAGAAAUUUUUUGAUUCAGAUUCUUAAACUAAAAAUCUCACCAUGUUUUUGUCUCGCUAUGGUUUUUAUAGUUGUGUUUUAGCAGAUGUGGUCCAGAAUUUGGUAGUAGACCAAGGGAAGUUCGAGAAUUUUGGCACAUGUAGUCAAAAGUGUUUAUGGCAAAACAAAGGAAUGUCAGGGAAUUUUUUUAAUUAAAGGACCUAAAUAAAGCACCUUCAUCAUCUAGACAGAGGAGAUAAGGAUGAAAUAACUUUGUAUAUAUUUUAGUAUUAUUUUUUCUUUUCUUCUUUUUUUGUUGUUAUUUUGUCUCUAAUUCAUUAUUUUCAUGAAUCAUAUUGCAAAUAAUUGAGAAGAAGAAAUGUUCAAAUGAGCCAUUGCUUCCCAUCAUGAGAAUUUUCCAACCAAAUUUAACGCAAGAUGGAAGAGUAUACCAUCUCCUGGUCUGAACAGCUUGUGAAUAUAGCCGCCGCUGUAAAGCAGUAUUUUUCAGACUCUGUUAGGGCCAGUUUCUCCAUUUUCUCAUCGUAUCUCGCAGAGUUGGUGAGGAGUACCUUGACUGAUGAAUGCCAAUAAAUCUUAGUACAUAAUACAAUCGCCCGGUAUAAUUUGAACUAAUUGUGUAUCACAUUUUGAUCCAAAGGAAACUAUUUAUUGAGUUUGCAAACUCUUGCUCAAUUUAUUUCUAUCCAUUGCUGACCGUUCCUAAUCAUUUCUCUCCUUAAUUCUAAUCUUCUGAUGGAGAAUUUUCAGUUUUUUUAGUUCUAAUUUAAUAUGUAGUAAGGGAAAGAGUGAUAUUUUAUGGUUUAUCAGGAGAACGAAGAAAGUUCUCUGGCAGUGCUUGAAAAAGGAGUAAGUUUGUUUUUAUCUGUUAAGAAUUCUCAUUAAGUCAGUUAGAACACCUUAAAUACAAUGCAAGAUUUCUUCUUUCAAUUACAUAUAUGUCUUUAAGAGAAACAGAGCUCUUUACCUCAAGUGAUAUAAAGAAUAUUGUAUCUCCUCACUGCAGUGCUGUAGCUGAGAAAGGCUUUUUAAAUCUUUUGAAGUUGCUUGAGGUUUGAUGACAUCCAACUUUUCAGGGCCUUCGCUGAUUUUUACAUUACUUAGUCAAGAACAGCAAUUGGAUGAUGAAACUACGUAACUGCAUUUGCAACUUUGUUUACAACAUCGCAGAUUUCAUUUUACAUUUUUCUCUUUUGAAAGAUGACUGCUCAUUGUUCUUGAAAUCGUAUGUAGUCUUUUUUGUGCCCACUCACAAAUAUUCCUUUAAAAUGUUUUAAAUAAAUUCCUUGUCGCAUCCUAGGAUAAAAAAAAAAAGGGUGCAAAAAUUUGCAAAAUUGUUAAGACUAGGUUCUUGUAGUUUCACUGUCAAAUUAUGUUGUAAUAGGUAUUUCUUUUUUCUCUUUAAUUCUUUUUAAAUGAUAUAAAAUCUCAGAACAGUACUUAUGUACUAUUCUGGACGUUAUUUUCAUAAGAGCAUAAUCGUGCGUUUGCAGUUGCUUUCCGGAGACAUGUUUGAGGAAAAUGCACAUUCUCCACGCCACUGUAAAGUACAGAACUUAUCAUUCUGAACAUGAUUGGGAAAAACUCGAGAGGAGUAAUUCAUCUAAAGUAUCCAAAAUAAGUGUAUAUUCAUAAUGUAAUUAUGUUUUGUGUAGACGUCUAUGUCCUUUCUAUGUCAAUAUUGUCAAUGUUUCUCUGAAAGAGUUAGCUCGAUAAGUGCAUCUAUCUUGCCAGUUAUUUGUUCAUCAUCAUGAAAUCUCCAAGAUGUUUGUUUUAAGUAUUUUUCUUUUUCUGAUGUAAGUAUUAAAGUUUAUUUACAUAGUCA